GUCUUUACUGGGAAGAAGUUGCAGAAGACGUAACCACUAUUGAAAUGUUAUGUGUUUACCAUUAAAAAAUUGAAGGAAAAUACCCAUCCAUGACUGGCUUUUGCUCAUGAGCCUAAUGGCCUGUCGCACACUCACAUCAGCCAUCGACAAGCUCGUUCACAGCAUGUGUUUGGAAAGCUUCCCAUGUGGCAGAGGGAGCUGGCGCAAGCCAUCAUUAAGAGACUCUGAAGACUUGCGUGAUGAUGAGAGCACAGGAGCACGGUUCGAGGAGACCGACAAUCUCCAUGAUCUGCUCCGAAGUCCACUAUCGCCGUGGCAUGAGGAGGCAUCAUGGAGUCCUCAGGCCUUAGCCUUGAGAGAACUUGCUGUAAAGGCACCAGAUGAAUUUAAUGCCGACUUCAUAUAUUCAACCUUGACAACUCUACGGAUUGUUGACCGAGGGGUUUCGGUCAUCGAUGAGGGAUUGUUGAUGUUCACUUGUCUGGAGGAGCUCAUAUUAACUGUUAACAACAUCACUGAGGUUCCUUUAAAGAACCUUCCAAAGACACUUAAGGUUCUUGAACUUUAUGGCAAUCAGAUUUCUAGUCUCAAGAGUCUGAGGACAGACCUCCCUCCUCAUCUCCUACAUUUAGGUCUUGGUAACAACUGGCUUGGCUCUCCUGAAGACCUCCAAUAUUUUACUGCCAAUCUUUGGCCCCAGCUUAUGUCUCUCGAUCUGAGUUGGUCUGGGUAUACAGGACAGUAUCCUCUUGUGGAUACCCUCUCUAGAUUGCCUCGCCUACGGAGUUUAGCUCUAGAGGGCAACCCUCUAACCCUGACUACCUUGUAUCCGGGCUUUACACUGGACAGCUUAGUUCACUUGCUCCACCUAGACGGAAAUAAAGUAACACCAGAUGACCGGCAUCGCUUCAGUGGCCUUGCCCAACUUAGAGCAUCGAUCUCUGAGGAAGCGGCGGUCACCGUGUGUGUUAAGAAGAUGAACGGUGUUCCUAACCCCACUUUGUUGUUGGAUGAUGAUGCAGUUGAGUUCCCCCUGAUCAGCUACAGCUAUUCAGUCUCUUAUGAAUUUCUUGAUGAAGCUCAAUCCCAGAAAAGUCAGGUUCAAGCUGAGGGCCAAACAUUGGAAAAUAUUCCACUGACUCCACAAGAGAAUAAGAGAGCAACACCAAUCCCAUGUAUGUCAUCAGAUCACCAAAGUCACGCCUUCAGCAUUCCUGUAGCUAUGAACUGGACAUCAAAGCAACAGUGGUCUGAAGUAAUUGACUUUAAUUAUGCAAGCACACACCACAUCAGAGACCUGGCAGCUCUCAAGAAUUUUAUUCUCCGAGGCCUUUGGCUCACUGUGGAAGAGCAGAAGGUUUUGUCCUGGCCUGCAUCUCCGGCUGAAAGAACUGGAAUCAAAGCAUCAGCAAACAAGAAAGAGGCCACAACGGCAGGUACAAAAGCAAAAGAUAAGAAGAAGAAAAAAGAGUCAGAGCUCAAGUUGAUUCAUGAAAAACCUAUCAAGCAAAUCCUUGGUUCAGUUCAUGUACACCUGAAAGAACUUUUGGAAGGAAAAGAUCAAAUUAGAGAAGAGUGUAACUUGGGGAUAUACCAUUCAGAUCACGCCAUCAGAACAGCAGUCACCCAAGAAAAGGAGAAAACUAAGAAGCAUAAAGAAGAAAACAAAGAAGAAAAGAUAUUAAAGCCAACUUCUGCAAAAGGAAAAGGAAAAGGAUGCAAGGAGAUUUUGCCUGAGGCCUUGGCUGACGAAAGCAACCCUUCCAAGAUGGAGCCUCUAACUGUUGAGUUCAGUAUUCAGCUGGAUAAAUGGACCUCUGAUUCACAAGCAUUGUAUCUAAACUCGACAAAAUAGACUCUGUGCUGAUAAGGCUUCAUAUUGUUGCUAAAUAUCUUAAAACCAAAUUCAUGAAUAGCCCAUUUUGUGUAUCUUGCAUUAUUUUUCGUUACAACUGUAAAAUAUCCAUCCAUCCAUCUUCUAUACCGCUUUAUCCUUUUCAGGGUCACGGGGAAGCCUGGAACCUAUCCCAGGGAGCCAAUCCAACGCAGG